GCAACAACACUCAAAGCAUCGAACAUGGCUGACCGCUUAGCAACGGGUGGCUCCUACAUCAGUGUUCCAAGAUUUUCUAAGUAUCACCCGGUAAUACCAAUACGUUAUGUGCCAGAAUGGAAAAAUGACAUGAGAAAUAGGAACCUUAUUAUAAAGAAUUGUGAAAUGAGUGGUAUCAUACCAACGGGGCCGCAUGACGAGAGCCUAUUUCUUGAGAAGAGGGAACGAAUGAAUGAAGUGGAGCCCAGAGCACGAGUAGAUGCCAAAAGACCUUACUGCAACCGAUACGAGCAGCUACGACCACAGUUCCACACUCCGCAAUCAAAAUACCACAGUGCACUCAUGUUCAGAAAGGACGAUAUGCUGGAGUCUAAAAAGUGAUUGAUUGCAUUUUAGGAUCUGAUGUUUGAUUUUGCACAUCUUUUUUUUUUUACCCCAAGAACUGUGAAAUGUAGUUUUCUGUGUGAUUAUAAUUUAGUCAUAGCGAACAAAAAUAAGACAUUUGUCAAGAGAGCAAUUGGUUUAAUGAAGUAUAAAAUAAGAAAGUAAAAAUAAUAUGAUUAGUAAAUAUUCGACAGCCCCUUCGACAGUUUUUGCAAUGUACAUACCUGUAGAGUAAGUCAAAUUACAACUUGUUUACAUUUACAAGUAGCACACAACUACCAUUUGCAGUGUUAGCUUUGCUACACAAUUUACACGAGUGAACUGUAUUUCAGUUUUUAAAUAAAUACUAAAACCUA